CAAUUGAGACUCAGAGCACCAGUUCAGAAGAAUUGUCCCCAGCCCUCCCUCACCACCUCCCCUCCCCAGGAUCUAUAAACCUUGUUUUGUGUGUCAAGACAAGAGCUCCGGUUACCACUAUGGGGUCAGCGCCUGUGAAGGCUGUAAGGGUUUUUUCCGGCGCAGCAUACAGAAAAACAUGGUGUACACAUGUCACCGGGACAAGAACUGCAUUAUAAACAAGGUGACGAGGAACCGAUGCCAGUACUGCCGGUUACAGAAAUGCUUUGAGGUUGGCAUGUCCAAAGAAUCUGUACGGAAUGACCGCAAUAAGAAAAAGAAGGAACCCCCAAAGCCCGACAUUACAGAGAGCUACGUGCUGAGCCCAGAGACUGAAAGUCUGAUUGAGAGAGUGCGGAAAGCUCACCAGGAAACCUUCCCUUCUCUUUGCCAGUUAGGGAAAUACACUACAAACUUUAGUUCGGAGCAGCGAGUCUCGCUGGACAUCGACCUCUGGGACAAGUUCAGUGAACUCUCCACCAAAUGUAUUAUCAAAACGGUGGAAUUUGCCAAACAGUUGCCGGGAUUCACCACUCUCACCAUCGCUGAUCAAAUCACCCUCCUUAAAGCAGCCUGCCUGGACAUCCUGAUCCUACGAAUUUGCAUACGUUAUACCCCAGACCAAGACACCAUGACGUUCUCAGAUGGUCUCACACUUAAUAGGACGCAGAUGCACAAUGCUGGGUUUGGACCCCUCACGGAUCUAGUCUUUGCCUUCGCCAAUCAGCUACUACCGCUAGAAAUGGACGACGCAGAGACUGGUCUCUUGAGCGCCAUUUGCCUGAUCUCUGGAGAUCGGCAGGACCUGGAGCAGCCGGACAAGGUGGACAAGUUACAGGAGCCUCUACUGGAAGCGCUUAAGAUCUAUGUUAGGAGGAGACGGCCCAAAAAACCACACAUGUUCCCCAAAAUGCUGAUGAAGAUCACACAGACUUGCGAAGCAUCAGUGCCAAGGGUGCUGAACGUGUGAUCACUCUGAAGAUGGAGAUCCCAGGAUCCAUGCCUCCUCUCAUCCAGGAGAUGCUAGAGAAUUCUGAGGGCCUAGACAACUUGGCAGCCGGAACUCCUAAUCUGCUGCCUCCUACCCCCCCCGCCCCACCAGGAAGCUGCAGUCCAAGUCUUUCCCCCAGUUCCACCCACAGUAGUCCUUCUACACACUCGCCCUGA